GCGGGUUACUUAGCGGUUCUACCGUACGUCCGUCCUGUUUAAUUUUACCGAGUCCGUACAACGCGUGGUUAACGUUGCCGGGAUCACUUUAGCUGCUGCAGCACACAUGACGGCUUCCUUGAUUAUGUAAUGCAGCCUGUGUACAAUAUAAUCUCAUCUUUAUGGGAACCGCUUAACAAGCUGUGCACUUAAGAUAAAAAAGGCGUUCCUCUGCUGUAGAAAGAAAGUCCGGUAUAAUCUGUUUUUUUUCUCCUGCCGAAUGUUGCUGUCGCAGUACUUGCAUAUAUGUCGUUGGGAAUCAGAUGGUGGGAAAAUGUGGAAAUCGGCUUUUCUUCCCGUAUUGUCAUGACAUUAGUUAUCUCCAUCCGGCCUAAUGUGUUCCCUGGGGUCAGGAUUCCUUGACGCAUGCCGUAGAUGGGCUCUUAGGGCAGAUAAUUUCCAGCCUAAUAGCUGUUCAAGAACUUCAUUGUGAACUGUGUGGACGGUUGUACCAAGGCCAGCGGAAUAUGCUGCUGCAGGCAACGAGAGCAGCGCCGAGCGCAGCAAAUUACAGUUGAUGUAAUGUGUUGCCGAUUUAUAAAGACGCUGCGGCAAAUGAUGCUGAAACACUUUUUGUUAGCCAUUUAAGCGGGAAUGAAAAGGACCAGCACGACCGGAUAUCCGAGGUUGCAUCGGGCUGUGCACCUGAUUGCAGACGACCAGUUCGAUGGAUCCGAUUUGAGCGGCGAUUGUCAGCGUUCGACUGCGGCUGAAUAUAGAUGUGCUGUUUUUUACACAAGCGCCAUGGAGGCGAUUUAUAUGCAACGAAUUUUUUAUCGAUUAAACCGGCUUUGAAAAAGGUUUACUUAUACUAGAUUAUCUAAAAAUGAUGCUGUAUAACUUAACCGGCACCGAACACAUCUCGGAAUCGUGGGCCGGUGUGAUUGUCUUGCUCAUACUGUUUCUCCUCAUUAUCGUUGGCUUUAUCCUGUUUUGGUGCUUCAAUACCCCGACCGAAGACUGGCUGGAUCAGCCGUUACUGUGGACGGACGGGAGUGCCGUGAAGGCGCAGGAUUUAUGGCAGGAGCGCUAUCUUCCUUCAGCGUCAGUAUCGUACAACGGCGUGGAAGGCCCAGAUAAGCAUCUGACACCGGCGGAAUGCGAGCCGGUGAAGUACGCACGCAGUGCGGAGGAAUUGCACCUGACAUCUCCGGUAAUUCAAAAGAGUCCUGCAAAGCGUUUGAAGGAGUGGAUGUCGCAAAUGGCCAGUCGAGGCUACCGCAAUUUUCGGCAUUUUUUCGUGAAUGAACAUGAGAAAAUCUUGGACUGUCCGGUGGAUAAAUCAUCGUCCGGGCUGGCGGUUGUGUGCGACGCGGAUUUUUAUUCACAGCCGUUUUCAGUGGAUCAAUCGCGCAGUAGGAAAGAUGGACGGAAUAUUCACCGCAUUUCCAUGUCCGAGUUUUAACUUUACGCGGAAUAUGAUUUUUUGCUAAAAGUGGAUUUAGCAUUAUUUAUUUAAAGAAUGCGAGAAGGUUCAAUGGAACAUUAUGGUACCGGCUUUCAUAAUCGAUCAUAACUUUUAGAUAUACACGAUACAGAAUGAAUGGACAUAUGGAAGCGUCUUUCAGGCAUGCCGCAUGCGGAUACGUAAAAAACAGAACUGCUUUUGUGGUGAUGCUAGUGUAUACUCAUAUAAAUAGUUCUAUACGUAGUUGCGCUCUUUUAUUUUUAACAUUCGUGUUAAUGC